UCGGGAAGACUGAGCUGCAGAUCUCAUCUAUUCCCCUCUAUUCAAAGCAAUGUUCCCUUCUGUUUCAAUCACCGAGCAGCUCCAGUGGGCGUGCGGACGUAUUGUUUGGGAGUGUAGUCAGCGCUGGCAGCGAACAACAGAAGCAACCCCAGGAGCCAGAAGCCUCCGAUAGCGCCCGCUGUGCUCCCAACAUGAUGCUGAUCAGCGUUGUGUUCAGUGUUGCUUUGCUGGCACACAGCUCCUUCAGUGCGCCGAUGGCUCCUCCAUUGGUGACAUUCCCAGGGGAGCAGAACAUGACCGAAACCGAAAUGGCAAUGGACUACUUGAAGAGGUUUGGGUACCUGAAUUUGGAAAACACAGGCAAUGCAUUGAUCAGUCUCCAAUCAGCCAUCUUAAAAAUGCAGAAAACCUUGGGCUUGCCUGAAACAGGAAAACUGGAUAAGAGUACAAUCACUGCCAUGAAGCAGCCUCGAUGUGGUGUUCCUGAUGUUCUGAACUACAAAACAUUUGAUGAUGAGAAAUGGGACCACACUGAUUUAACUUACAGAGUUACAGGCUACACCCCUGACUUGGACCCAGCUGUUGUUGAUGAUGCAUUUGCUCGUGCCUUUAAAUUGUGGAGUGACAUUACUCCACUGACAUUCACUCAAAUCUACAGCGGCGAAGCAGACAUCAUGAUUCGAUUUGGCAGAGAAUGGCAUGGAGAUUCAUAUCCAUUUGAUGGGUACAACGGUCUCUUGGCACAUGCCUACCCACCUGGCAAAAAUGUCUACGGCAACCUGCAUGGUGAUGCGCAUUUUGAUGAUGAUGAGUUCUGGACCUUGGGAAAAGGAGCAGCUGUUAAAACCCAUUUCGGCAAUGCUGAUGGAGCUUUCUGCCACUUUCCAUUUACAUACAACGGGAAGACAUACAAAGCCUGUACUUCAGAUGGGAGAGACGAUGGGUAUUUUUGGUGUGCAACAACUGCAGACUAUGACAAAGACCAGAAAUACGGCUUCUGCCCACAUGGACGGCUAUACACCUUUGGUGGUAACAGCGACAAUUCACCUUGCGUGUUCCCCUUUAUAUUUGACGGGAAGAGUUAUGACCAGUGUACAACUGAGGGACGUACUGAUCGCUACAAAUGGUGUGCCACCACCAGCAACUUUGACGUGGAUAAAAAAUAUGGCUACUGCCCCAGUCCAGCUGAUGCUGCGAUUGCUGGAAAUUCUGAUGGAGACUUGUGUUCAUUCCCUUUCACAUUCCUUGGCAAAACAUACGAUGCUUGCACCACUGAUGGCAGAUCAGAUGGGCAGCUCUGGUGUGCAACCACCAGUGACUUCGACAAAGACAAAAAAUGGGGUUUCUGUCCAAAUGCUGGGUACAGCAUCUUUUUGGUGGCAGCUCAUGAAUUUGGGCAUUCCCUGGGGUUAGAUCAUUCCACUCUCAAAGAUGCUCUGAUGUACCCGAUGUACAGCUAUAAAGAAAACUUCCACCUAUCAAGGGAUGAUAUUGAGGGAAUCCAGCAUCUCUACGGACGGAAAUCUGGCCCAACAUCAUCCAUCCCUACAUCAAUGGCACCAAUUUCAACAUCUGUGCCUACUACUACCAUUGCCACAACCACUACCACCACAAUCGAGCCAGAUGCAGACAUCUGCAAAGUGGAUAUUUAUGAUGCAAUUGCAAGCAUAAAGAAAACGCUUCAUUUUUUCAAAAAUGGAAAUGUCUGGAAGUUUGCAUCAGCAAAGAAAGUCAUCAAGGGACCAAUUCCAAUUGCAAAGAUGUGGCCAAAAGCUCCUUCCAAAAUUGAUGCUGCCUUUGAAGAUAUAAGUACAAAUAGAGUCUACAUUUUCUCAGGGAGAUCAUACUGGGUAUUUUCUGGCACUAGUCUUGAGCCAGGCUAUCCCAAGGACAUCGGCAAACUGGGCAUUGAUACCAAUGUUGAAAAGAUAGUUGGUGCAGUUAUGAAAGGUCCAAACAAAGUGCAACUAUUUGGUGGACAGAAGAUUUGGAGGCUCGAUAUGGCAACAAAGAAAGUCGAUAGGAUCAGUCCAAUUUAUGAUAGGUACCACCACGUUCCUGUUGAUGCUAAUAUUGUCUUCAUGCACAAAAUGAACACCUACUUCCUGCGAGAUAAGUACUUUUGGAAAAUGGAUAUGUAUAAUCGAGUCACUUUUGUCGGAUUCAUCAAGAUGUUGCAGAAUCUCUACUCUGGAAAUAUAGCAUACCGCAGGAUGGACUGUGUAGUGGGAUGGUGGUGGACUGCUAAUAUCACUGGUCCGGUAAUCCAGAAGUUCAGGUCUAUAUCCUGGGGUAUGAGUUCAAAUGCCAUCAGAGGAAUGAGUGUGAUCGAAAUUCAAUUAAUAAAUCUGGAAUUGAAGCCCUCGUCUUCGACCUUCCCCCGGCUCCAGCGGCCAGCGCAGGUCCUUGCGCUCAUGAAUACAAAAGAAGGCCCAAGGGGUGUAGCGGCCGGGGAGACUGCUGACAUGAUGGAGCUGGAGGAGAAUGCAGUACAGAGCAGCAGUGAUGCUGCUCCCUCGGGGCAGGAAGAACCCUCUGAGAGUGGCAUAGCAGCAGAGACAUCUGAGGCGGUAUCUGCAGACAGCAGUGACACAGUAACCACUCUUGGCGUAGCAGUUGAGGCUGACAAUGGCUCAGGGGUUGAUUCUGGUGUAGGUCAGAGCUCUGAAGAAUCAAUGGAAGUAGCUCCAGAAACUAGUUCCAGCACAGAUGUCAGAACCAUCCCACACCUUCCAGAUUCCUCUUCGGUUGCUCAGUCCACCAUUGUGUCCAGUGUCUCUACAGUUACACAGUCUAUCAUGGUGUCUGAAUCUGCCCAAGUACUGGUCCAUUCCAGUGUGGCACCAGAUGGUACCAUGAUAGUGUCCGACUCAACUGCUUCUACAUCCUCAGAUCUUGGAUCAGCUAUAGAUAAAAUUAUAGAAUCUACGAUUGGACCAGACAUUAUGCAGAGUUGUAUCGCAGUAACAAGUGCAGGAGAUGAAGGUGCUGAAGUCACACAGUACCUUGUGUUGCCAUACCCUGAUGACGGUGGUCCUAUUGAUUCCCAAAUGUCCAACUCUCAGAUGUCCAGCUCUAGGCUUUCUAAUCUGUCAGGUGAUGGGUUGGGAGAAGGCCCAACAUCUACCUGUACUGACCACCUUGAGCAGCACGACUUGUCUAAUCUGGAGGAUAUGAUGGAGGUGGUGGUAGUGCAACAGUUCAAAUGCAAGAUGUGUCCGUAUAAAAGCAUCUCAAAGGACAAUCUGAUCAAUCAUAUGAAGGAUCGACAUCUCAACAUUGGUGGCUUUCUGUCUAAAAAGAGAGGCAGGGGCCGGCCAAGGAAGCAGAGUACGUCACCAAGACCGGAGGAAAAUAAGACUCGGGAGCAAGAGCAAGAUGAAGAAGAUGAUGACAUUGUGGAUGCUGGAGCGAUUGAUGACAGAGAAGCUGAUAGUGAUUAUAACCCAGCAGAAGAUGAGACUCGAGGAAGGCAGCCAAACUACAAUCGCAACGUCACUACUUCGACCAGUGAUCGGCCUCGGAGAAGACCUGGGAGACCUCGCAAAGUUUUACGGACAGAGGCAGUGCCUGGGAUUGAUGGAGCAGAGGUCGAAGCAUUUGUCACGUCCCAGUCGAACCCAAUGGACCUCCAGAGCUCUGAAGCAGCUAGUUCAACUGCACAAGAGAAUGGGGAUGUCUCAGCAGGCAAUGAGAUAGUAGCUGAGUCAGGGAUUAGCCAAUCAGACUCUGAGAACAAAGACCCAUCAUCAAAUACCAAUGAGAUAUCUUACAAGCAUUCGAGGCGACGUGGUCGCCCACCCAAGAGGUUUGGCAGGAGGAAGUACAGAGGCUAUUUGGGGCGCAGGUACAAUUACUAUAGAUCCAGCAAGCCCCUGAUGAGGCCUCACCACUGUCGAAUCUGUGGCUCCCGUUUCUUGACGCAAGAAGAUUUAAGAUUUCAUAUUGACUCGCAUGAGGGGAAUGAUCCGGAACGUUUCAAGUGCAUGCAGUGCAGCUAUCGGUGCAAGCGCUGGUCAUCUCUGAAGGAGCACAUGUUUAAUCACGUGGGAACAAAACCAUACAAAUGUGAGGAAUGUGAUUAUACAAGUGUGUACAAGAAAGAUGUUCUCAGGCAUUCCUCUAUUCACACUAAGGAAAGAAAGAAGAAAGCGGACCUGGUGCCCAAGGUGAACUCCUACCCCUGUCCUGUGUGCUAUCGAGUCUAUCCCAUGCAGAAAAGGCUAACUCAGCACUUAAAGACACACAGUGCUGAAAAGCCUCACAUGUGUGAUAAGUGUGGGAAGUCAUUUAAGAAGAGGUACACAUUCAAAAUGCAUCUACUAACCCACAUUCAGGCUCUUGGAAACAGCAGAUUUAAAUGUGAAUUCUGUGACUAUGUCUGUGAAAACAAGAAGCUUCUCCUUAACCACCAGCUGUCGCAUACCACAGAUAAACCAUUUAAAUGUGAUUUUUGCAAGUACUCCACUAUCAAAGAAGACUUUCUCGUUUCUCACGUUGCUAUUAAACACACAGGUGAGAAGCCAUUCUCAUGUGACCUCUGCCACUUUAACACCAAACACAAGAAGAACUUGCGGCUGCAUGUUCAGUGUCGCCAUCAGGAGUAUUAUGAAGACUGGGCAAAGAUCCAUCCUGAAGAGCCGCCACGCAGACGUCGUCCGUUCUUCACUCUGCAGCAAAUUGAAGAGUUGAAACAACAGCAUGAGCAGAUGCAGUCUACACAGGAAAGCAUACGAGAUACCAUUAUACCCUUGACCUACCAGACUAUUCCAACAUCGAUGGUCAACCAGGAUUCUUUAGGAACUGCCACAAUCAUUUAUGAACAGGGUACAAGCGAGUCCUCUGAGAUCACAGCACAAAGUGCUCUAGACCUCCUGCUGAAUAUGAGUACGCCGAGGGAGCUGGUUACAAACUCAUUACAGGUAGCUGUACUGAAAUCAGACAGUACAGUCCAAGAACAGACCUCUCAGGAACCUCAAAACCGUGAAGAAGAGCAAUUGACCAUGUCACCCCAACACAAAAUUGUCACAUUGCACGUGGGAGAACAUGGUGAGACUGUGGUCCAGGAAAUGUACGAAACAACAACCAUAGAGAGCUCUGGAAUUCCACAGGUCACCAUCAACCCUUACACCAAUGGGACAGAAUACAAUGUUGUCACACCAGGAAGUGAGGAAAUGCAACAUGCCGCCACAGUUUACAGUGGCUCAGAUGGCAGUGGUGAAGUUGCUCACACUGUGGUAGUCAGUGGUGAUGAGUUAAAACAGCAUCAUGGUCACUUCAUAAUGACGACCAACAUGCAGGGGAAUCAGUUUCAACAGAUUGAGUUUACUGGUGACAUCACAUCUCCACAAGUUGAUUCAAACCUGCAGUCGUCUUCAAUGAAGAAGUUUUCCUGUAAAAUAUGUACUGCCUCAUUCCAUGGUCGAGCAGAGAUGGAGAGUCAUAAGAGAGCACAUGCAGGAGAGCAGGGGUUCAAGUGUCUUGAUUGUAAUUUUGCAGCCAGUACCUGGCCGGAAGUCAGAAACCAUAUGCUUCAACAUUCUAACCUGAGACCUCACAAAUGUAACCAGUGUAGUUUUGCAUCCAAGAAUAAGAAAGAUCUUCGUCGGCAUCUGCUAACGCACACAAAUGAGAAGCCUUUUUCUUGUGAUAUUUGUGGACAGAGGUUUAAUCGAAAUGGCCAUCUGAAGUUUCACAUUGAACGAUUGCACAGCUCUGACUCUCAGCAGAAGCAGCCUCGACAGCAACAUGUCAUUCUGAACAGUGAUGACGAAGCGAUUGCUCUGCAAACAGAUGACACGGUUGUUUCACCAGACAGAUUCCAGACUUUGGCCCCAGACCACAUCAUUGUAGCCCAGGAGCAGUCUAUUUCUGACCAGGAUGAGACAACGUACAUUCAACAUAUAACAUCUGACGGACAGACGGUUCAACACUUAGUGACAGCAGAUAACCAGGUGCAGUACAUCAUUUCACAGGAAGGUGUACAACAUCUUGUUCCACAGGAGUAUGUAGUUGUCCCUGAUGGUCACCACAUUCAGGUACAGGAUGGUCAAAUCCACCAUAUACAGUAUGAAUCAGAUCCACAAAUCCACCAGGUCUUAGAAGGACAACAGAUUGCAGUAAGCCAUGAUGGACAAAUCCAAUAUGUGCCAAUCACUGACCAGCAAAUAGUCACACAAGCUGAGCUAGAGGCUGCUGCACACUCCGCUGUGACAGCUGUAGCAGAUGCUGCCAUUGCUCAGGUCCAAGGGAUCUAUGCAACUGAGGCUACAGAAGAACAAAUACAGCAGCUUCAGCAACAGGCAAUCCAAUAUGAGAUGGCUCAAGCUGAGGUUAUUGCAUACUCUGAAGACUAAAACAAUACAAAUGGCAGCAGGAGAUGAUGACUUAAGCACUUUUUUUAAUUUUGAGAGAGAGGGGGGUCAUUGAGGAUAAGAGACAGACAAAUGGCUGAUCUCCUUUCCCUGCCUUGUAAUACUUUUGGUUUGCUCCUUAGAUUAUCCUGAAUACUUGCAUGAAAUGAGCUGAAAAAAAGCACAUCUGUACUUUUUAUUCUUUCUCUUUCACUUUCUAUCUACCCACCCACCCCUUCUCUUUCCCCCCCCCCC